UACAGAUUGAUACACUGAAGACUAUAUAAGAAUGUGCUCACCACAAGAGCAAACAUUUUUCCAGGUGAAUGACUCUCAUGAAGCAGCCAUAAAGAUGACUGAAGACUCUGUUUCAAGGAGACCCGUGGCCACUAACAAAUCAUAUUUCUAUUUCACCACUGCUUUCCUCUCUGUCUGCCUCGUGUUUGCCCUAGCAACCAUCAUGAUCUUAAUCGUUCAGAAGACGGGGCCUACUCCUGAAAAGCCAGGCAAUACACUUCAUUUUGUGGGAGGAAAUGAUUCAGAACUCUUUUUAAGAAUCCUAAAGAAUGUUCCAUUUAAGAUGGCUGCUGCAUACAUGAGAGCAUUAAAACCAAAUAAUACAGAGCUGAAAUGGACUGAGUAUGGUGUUCGUCAAGAUAUCCAGAUCCACGAAGGGAUUCCAGUGAUCCAGACACAGGGCCUUUACUUGAUCUUUUGCCACUUGAACUUUAAUAUACACAACUGCUCAGGCGACACAAUAGACAUAAAACUGCAGAUGUUUGUGAACGGUGAUCACAGAAGGCAAACAAUAGACACGCUGUGUACAUCAAAUGAGGUCUCUAAAAGGAUUUACAAGGAGUUCUUUCAACUUUUUCUGGAGUACCUAAAUGUGAAUGACCGAAUAUCAGUACAAAUUGAUAAGUACCAGUAUUUGGAUUUUGCUGUUCUUCCCAAUGAAAAUGUUCUUGGGGUCUUCAGGUACAGUAAUUAAUAUAAUGUGACGAUUGCCUUAUUUCCUCAUUACGGCUCAGAAUAUCAAUAACUUGACUCUGGACAAUACCUUAUUUAAAUUGACACAUUUUACUUCAUCACUAGGGUAAACAAGGAACUUUCAACAUGAAAUCAAAAAACACUGCAAAGCAUGAUCCUGAUAGAUGUAGUAAGACACUGAACUUUCUCAGGGUGGGAUAGCCCUGCUAUAAAAAACAAAAAACAAAAAAAAACCACCUAUUAUUACAAGACUGUCUGGCAGGAAUGAGACUAUCAAAUAACCAACAAGCAAGGCAAUGAUUCCCUAAAGCAACAUUACAUAAAAACAAACAGGCAAAAUCCCAACCAGACUCUAAAAACAAUGUUCCAUGUUGAGAUUAAUCUGCUAUCUUCCAUGCAAAGAAACAGCUGGCCAAAAUGAUUAUCGUGGGGAGACGGAGACAUCUUUUCAUCUGAACUACUUACUUGCAUAGUAUUUUGAACUACUCUUUCCAAAACUAACAGUCAAGACUCAUGCCUAAUGCUUUCUUUACAACUAUAGCAACUUUAAAUCUGUGAUUAGCCUUCAACAGAAUCAUUGAAUGUACAGAUAAGAAGAAAAUAUGGGAAGAGACAAAGUGGAGUCCAGAAGUCAAAGUACUGUGAUGGGAUGGAGGAGACCUGUGCUCCCUGCCACCUUCUGCUACUGGCUUUAUGUGCGAUUUUGUUUUCCAUUUGAUUGUUGUAUUAAAAUCAUUAGCUCUUUGGGACAAGUGCUAAAUGUUUGUAUUCUGCCCAGAAAAAAGGGCACCCUGAUCUCAAACAUGGCCACGAGGGGCCCCAAUAUUAGCAAAUAUUAAAUUAAUAAUAAUCUGGAUCAUGUGCAAUAUAAGAGUAGUCCCUUACAAUGCAAGUUCUAGUGCUGUUUCCAGUCCAGUUUUAAAAGGACAUAAAUGUAUAUCAAACUUGCUUAUCAGGGUCUUAGAAAAGGAACAACCCACAUUUAAUGUGUGAAACUUUGUGACCAGCUGUCUGAAUUCCCAUAUUUGAGAAAGUUUGGUUAUGACCCACUACAAAGAUAGUCCUAAAUUCUCUAUGUGUGUGAAAUAAUUGAAAAAUGUUUGCUAGAAAUUGAAUUUCUAUAACAAUGGGACCAGCAGAUAUCGAAAAGUAAAGAAAGAUCAGCUCUUUUAUCGUUACAAGUCUAUUGGUGUAAGCCUUUUCUAAACUGACUGUGUUUGUUUUAAUCACUUGACUAGAGCCGGGUAAACUAUUAAUAACAACCCAUUUAUACAGUGAAUUUAGCUCCCUUUUGUAUUUGGAUUAUU